GGAAACAGACAAGAACAUCUACAUUCAGGGAAGGCUCAUUCAAGCCUUAGCAGAGCACAGACUUGGGAAACCUUUCCAUGAGGAAAGCAGGCAGAGACUGCAUCCACAGCGCAAGCAAACUGCUGUCUGCGAAGCUGAAAACCCUGGAGUAGAGCGAUGGAUCCCAAGUAUGAUCACUGUCAGGCUGUAUUCUCCACCCUGGGAAGCCCCUUUUUGGAGACGUCCAGUUGCCGGAGCCAUUACCACCCCUCCCAGGCACAGCUACUGAGGCAGGAGCAGCAAAACACGGUUCUGAGCCCAUCUCGUUUUCAACGCAGGAAUUGCUCCCACUCUGCCAAACAGGCAGAAACAUUGAUUCCUCCGCAACAGACUUCCCUGCCUGACUCCAGCUACCAAGACGUGAAACCCCCUAAGUCCGACUCCACAAGCCCCUUCAAUGAGUCCUGGCCCUCGACGGAGCGCAGUUCUUCCUCCGUGACUCCCGAGGCAGCAAAGGGCCUUCCCUCAGAGCAGGCAUCAGGGACCAAGGCCCUGGCCUCACCACGGACUCUGGACUCUGUUUCAGACAGUGAAUCCAUUAUUGCCAGGUAUAUUGAGCGAUUCCGUUAUGGGGAACCCACUACCCGUGGAGAACGCUGGAUACCCAGUGGACAUUCUGCUCAGUUCUGGUGGCUUGGGCACUCAUUUUCCCCAGAAGGCAACAUCUCCAAGAAAGAGUCAUCACCAUCUUCUGACAGUAGCCAGAGUGAAGUGAGACCAUCUCUUCUCAGUCCAGUUCUGGACCAGUUUCUCUCGGGAGACUCGCAGGACACAUCCACGCUGGACCCGGAGACUUUGAACCUGCAGGAGAGAGCAGCCAGACUCUUGCAUAGAAGCACGUCCCCUUUGAGCAGCUCCAGGUGCGUAAGCUUGGAAGGGCUCAACUCCACCCCCACGUCCACUAUAACAAAUGCCAAUGCAGAUAUGUCUGGAUGUGUCUCUCAACACCUUGCAGCACACCAACACAAAGGUAGCGUGAGCGCUCUCCCUUGCCAUAUCACUCAAAUGUCUCAGCUGUACUCUUCUAAACCAGAGGAUGACAUUCUGUUCCAGUGGCGUCUGCGCCGGAAGAUGGAGGAAGCAAGCAAAGCCGUCACUGUGAUGGCCCCUGGAGCAUGGAGGAGUCAUGGCAUCCAACCUACCUGUGCUUCCAGCAUGGUGGAAAGUGCAGCUCUGAAGUCACCAGAACCUGCCUGUUGGAGGACCAAAGGUAGAAGAGUGUUGCCAACAUCUGAGUCUCAGCUAGACAUGAAAUCCACAGUUGUUGAACAUCAUCCCUGUUGCUGCACAGAUGCUAUGAGAAAUGGGCCAAGCUCCAAGCAGCCUGUAGAAACUGCUCCUUACAGCAAUGGGAUUAUGGUAGUUGGAAGUCCUAAAUCCAACAGAGAGCAGGAAGUGAGGGAACUAGCCCCACAAAAGGAUCCUGUCCCUGCAUUUCUGGACUCUCCUUCUCCACCAAGGCCCGCAGGAGCCAGCAAACAUUCAGGCCAGAGAACUUCAUGCCAUGUUCAACGGGCAGCUCAGCCUGAUGAGAGAACGCAUGUUGAGCCCAGAGGAAAUCAGAGGCCAAUCAGAUCCAAGCAGGUCCAAGCAAAACCAGUUCGAGACUCUGAAGAGCCACCAAAGAGCCCCCCAAAACAUUCUGUUCGACGUGUCUUGGGAGAGGUGGUUUCUGAACGGCUUUUCUCCCCCCCUGAAUCUCCAGUUCUUCAUAGGGACAAAUCGAAAAGGAGCUCAAAGAAUUGGGGCUCAGAGGAGGUGCUGCCAGACACUGUUGCUGCUCCUUCACAUCCUCAGCUCCUGAACAUGGCUGCUCAGUUACUGGAGCAGGCUGAAGACUCCGAUGGCGCAGAGUUUGAGGAUGAUCCCCUGCUACAAGUUCUCAGGGGCCAGAGGGAGCUGCUGCACAGCCAGCUGAGAGCUGUGGAUCUCCGGAUGGCUCAGCUAGAAGAUUACCAUUCUGACCAGGACUUCUCCUGUUGAUGACAGACUCCUGCAUGUUCUGUCCUGUGUCUUGAGUGCCUUGAGAAGGGUCCCUUUCUCCUGCUCUGUUCCAGGCACCUCAGAUGACUUCAACAAAAGGAUUUUGGGAGAGGUUCUUAGCAACACAACUAGUCCUUUUCUGGUUUGGCUGUGCUGCCUGCACCUAGCAAGCUGAUAUAUUCAUGGAAACCAACUGGGAGCACAAAGUGACCAGGCACUGUUGUGUAGGGAUGUCCCUAGUGCAUAAAACAGUGCUCUGUUUCCAUGGUUUCACUGUAUGUUUUUGUGUUGAGUUUAAAAUAAAAGGGUAUU